CUAGACAAGUAUAGCCUAUUUUAUAAGCUAGAGAAGUAUGAAUUUAAUAUAAAAGAAGUGAAAUUUCUCGGAUAUAUUAUUUUAUAUAAAGAAAUAAAAAUAAAUAAAACCCGACUAGUUCCGGAAAUAGCUAGGAAAACCCUAGUAUUCCUGGAUUUCUGUAAUUUCUAUAGACGUUUUAUU